GCACUUUCCCACCAUGCAGCGGGUGAUGUCUGAGGAAAGAUGGCGGAAGGAGGAGCGGCGGAUCUGGAUACCCAGAGAGGAGAGGUCUCGGCGCUGCUGAAAACACAGCUAAGAAAAGGAGACACUUGGUACCUGGUGGACAGUCGCUGGUUCAAACAGUGGAAGAAAUAUGUGGGUUUUGACAGUUGGGACAAAUACCAGAUGGGUGACCAGAAUGUCUACCCGGGACCAGUUGAUAACUCUGGUCUUCUCGGAGAUGGGGAUGGGCUGGCCAUCAAGGAGCACCUCAUCGAUGAGCUUGACUACAUCCUGGUCCCCACAAAGGGCUGGAAUAAGCUUGUCAGCUGGUAUGCGUUGACAGAGAAUCAAGAGCCAAUUGCACGGAAGGUGGUAGAACAGGGUAUGUUUGUGAAGCACUGUAAGGUCGAGGUGUACCUGACGGAGCUGAAGCUCUGUGAAGACGGCAACAUGGACAAUGUGAUCACAAGGCGCUUCAGUAAAGCCGACACAAUAGACGUGAUAGAAAAGGAGAUGAGGAAACUAUUCACGAUCCCUGAUGAGAGGGAAACCCGGCUGUGGAACCGGUACAUGAGCAACACCUUUGAGCCUCUUAACAAACCAGACAGCACCAUUCAAGAUGCUGGCCUCUACCAAGGACAGGUUCUCGUUAUAGAGCAGAAGAGUGAAGAUGGCACAUGGCCCCGAGGCUCCACGGCACCCAAGUCAUCUGGUGCUUCCAAUAUCUCUGCUUUGCCAAAGAUCUCGCCUUCAUCCCUCACAAACCAUAACAGCAGCUUCAACAGCAGGAAUGUGAAGAAUUCAAGCUAUAGUCUACCAUCCUACCACCCCUACAGCAACAGCUAUGACUACUCCGACCAGAGCAGGCAGAGUGAGCGCUCGGGCCUUUGUGGACUCUCCAACCUGGGCAACACCUGCUUCAUGAACUCUGCUGUGCAGUGUUUAAGCAAUAUCCCUCCUCUGACGGAGUACUUCCUCAAAGACAAGUUCACGGACGAGCUGAACAAGGACAACCCGCUGGGCAUGAAGGGGGAGAUCGCCAAAGCCUACGCCGAUCUGAUCAAGCAGCUGUGGUCGGGAAAAUUCAGCUACGUCACCCCAAGGCCUUUCAAGACCCAGGUGGGACGCUUUGCCCCACAGUUUUCGGGCUACCAACAGCAGGACUCUCACGAGCUGCUCGCCUUUCUCUUGGACGGCCUUCACGAAGACUUGAACCGCAUCAGGCAGAAGCCCUACAUCCAGCUAAAGGACGCUAACGGCAGGCCGGACAAGGUGGUGGCGGAGGAGGCAUGGGAGAACCACGUCAAGAGAAAUGACUCCAUCAUUGUGGACAUCUUCCACGGCCUUUUCAAGUCCACCCUGGUGUGUCCUGUGUGCUCCAAAGUCUCUGUGACCUUUGAUCCUUUCUGCUACUUGACCCUGCCCCUGCCCAUGAAGAAGGAGCGGACCUUGGAGGUGUACCUGGUCAGACUGGACCCUCUAGCGAAACCCACACAGUACAAGCUGACCGUGCCGAAGGUGGGUUACAUCUCCGACCUGUGUACGUCCCUCUCCAACCUGUCUGAAGUGUCUGCUGAGAAGAUGAUUGUAACUGACAUCUACAACCACCGCUUCCAUCGGAUCUUUGCCACCAAUGAGAACCUCAGCAGCAUCAUGGAGAGAGACGAUAUCUAUGUAUUUGAGUUGGCAGUGAACAGGGUGGAGGACACGGACCACGUGGUGAUCCCGGUGCACCUGAGGGAGAAGUACAAGCAGUCCGGCUACAACCACACCAGCACGCCGCUGUUCGGACAGCCCUUCCUGCUUGCCGUUCCCAGAACCCUCAGCGAAGACAAGCUGUACAACAUGCUGCUCCUGCGCCUCUGCCGCUUUGUGCGAUCUCCAGUCGAGGAGGAUGAAGAGGCUUGUCAAGAGACGUCCAAGCUACACGCUGUCAACGGCAACGGCACCAAUGGGCUGCUGGAGGAGGGGUCGCCAAGCGAGAUGGAAACCGACGAGCAGGACGAGGAGUCCAGCCAGGAUCAGGAGCUGCCCUCCGAGAACGACAACAGUCAGUCGGAGGACUCCGUGGACAACGAGCUGGAGAACGGCGUGGUCGGCCCGCAGAACUCCACCAAAGGCCCGCAGACUGCGGGGCACAGCCGCAAGAGACUUUUUACAUUCCAGUUCAAUAACAUGGGGAAAACAGACUUCUCCCUCAUCAAGGAGGACACCAGGCAGAUCCGCUUCGACGAGGGACACCUCCGACUGAGCGACCGCUCUUAUCUGUCCUUGGACUGGGAACCAGAGAUGAAGAAGAAGUAUUUUGACGAGACUGUCGUCGAGGACUUUGACAAGCAUGAGAGCAUGGAGUACAAGCCUCAGAAAAAGGCUUUCUUCAAGCUGAAGGACUGCAUUGAACUUUUCACCACAAAGGAGAAACUGGGAGCCGAGGACCCAUGGUACUGCCCAAGCUGUAAGCAGCACCAGCAGGCCACCAAGAAGCUGGACCUGUGGUCCCUGCCGCCGGUGCUGGCGGUCCAUCUGAAACGCUUCUCUUACAGUCGAUACAUGAGGGAUAAACUGGACUCCCUUGUGGAUUUUCCACUAAGAGACCUGGACAUGUCAGAGUUCCUCAUCAACCCCAACGCCGGGCCCUGCCGCUAUGACCUCAUCGCGGUGUCCAACCACUACGGCGGGAUGGGUGGAGGCCACUACACGGCUUACGCCAGGAACAAAGACGACGAGAAGUGGUACAACUUUGACGACAGCAGCGUGUCUCCCGCCAACGAAGAUCAGAUCGUGUCCAAAGCCGGAUACGUGCUCUUCUACCAGCGCCAGGACACGGUGAAAGGCACCGGCUACUUUGCCCUCGACCGCGAGGAAGAGGACGAGGGGGAGGGAGAAGGGGAAGAUGAUGAGGAGAAAGAUGGCGAGGAGAGGACGGAGAGAAAAACCCCAUCGUUCACUAAAGGUGCCUCUUCCAGCGCCGCCGCAUCGGCCGGUGCUCAGAGCGACGAGGAGGACCUGAACGAGAACCGGCGCAGGAUGAACGACAACGAGCAGGCAGAUGAGCAGGAGGAAGAAGAAGAAGAGGAAGAAGAGGAGGAGGCCCCCAUUCGAGAUGUCACCAUGAAAGCCAACUGAGGGCUACCGAGGACAUGGAUAAAAGGAAAGCGAGAGAGACAAGAAUCUUUCCAUCCACAGCCAUAAGGACACAGCAUGGCAGCGGGCGCCAUCAGUCCCCACCCAGCAGCUCGACAGGCUGAGUCGCUGUAGGAGGGGGGGGGGGGGGGGGGGGCCGAGGGUACGCAACUCUUAAGGAAUCAGAGCCCUCCUGUGUCUGUGUGUGUGUGUGUGUGUGUGUGUGUGUGUGUGUGUGUCCAUUCGUUUAGUGACUCUUUUCAGAGAGCAGGUGAGCAAAUACUAAAGGAUAAUGCGGGAUGGAUUUAGACCCCCCCCCCCCCCCACUUUGGCUUUUUGUGUUCCUUGUGUUUUUUUUUUUUUAAUAUAUUUUCGCGAGCAAUGCAUUAUUGGAAUAUCAUUUUUAUUAUCUUAUCAUUUAUAACUUGUAAAUAUUUUAAACACUGAAUUAUAUCGGGUUCUCAUGAUGCGCUGAAACAUUUUGAACUUGCACAACCAUCCAGCGUCAGGUUUAGGAAGCUGCCUUCAGUGAGAUGUGUGUACAGAACCUUUGCUCAUAGCUGGUUUUAUAAAGUGUCAAACAGCCAAACUGUCUUUGUGCUGCUGCUGCUGCGAUCAUGCAUUUUUAGAUGGAUUAUUUGUGUUUCGGCAUGAUCUUUAGUGAUUUAUAGGCCCUGCUUCUGCUGCCUCUCUGGUCUCUGCUGUCGCAUCAUUUAUACUUCUUGAAAUUUGCAAGGAAAAGGGAUUUGAAGGUCAUCCAGCUAACUUUGCAUAGAAUAAUCCUGUUCUAAUUGGCAAACAUGGAUCAGUAAUAAACCUAACAUCAUUUGCAGGGAUUGCAACAAAUACAAAAGAUGUGUUUGAAAGUUAGCUGGCCGACUCUUCAGUUCUACGCCACAAAUCACCUGAUCAACUAUUCCUCUUAAGUUAUUCAUAGGCGGUGUUUAGGGCUCUACUCACUCCCCCCCCCCCCCCCCCCCCCUCGUUCUCUCUCUGCUCUUCUUAUUUCGAGGCACUGUGAGAUUUGGAACGUCUGUGAUUUCGCUGACAUCGGAUGGAUCAUUUCUUGUCUGGGAUCACCUCGGCCUUAACUCUUGAUCUCAGCCCGGUCGCCUUUUUCUUUGCACAUAACCCAUCCCCACCCUCUCUCUCUCUCACCUUCUCCCCCUCUCGCACGCCCAUACCUGCACCAACACGUGUGCACGAAUGUCCGUCUCAUUUUUCUGCUCGGUCCAUCGGCAGCCAUGUCAUCUCACCACGAGAAGGCCAGAAUGUAUGCUUGAUAGUAUGAACACAGACUGGACGUUUGUGGUUGUUUUUUUUUCUUUUUCCCCUUCCAUGGCUCCCUGCCUUAAUUCUAGUUGAAUGCGAUGGUAUAAGGUUGUUUGCCUUUUGGGUAUUUAGCUCAAUGAAUUCAUGGGUUCUGCUAAGUUUGUCUCUUUCCGGAAGGGGAAUAAGGGGAGGAGAAAUACUUACUUGUGGUCCGGAGCUUUUACAAACUUGCUGGAUGGAGGGAGUGAGGGAAGUGGACAAAAAAAAAAUGUGAGUCUGCCCUAAAAGGCCGAUCAGCUUUUGGGAUCGUGAGGCAGUGAACAUAUUUAGUCGCGGACUGCAGCAAGAUAUUCCUCAGUCACUCAACUAUUCUCCAUGGAGGAUUGUUGUGUCUUUAUUUUAUUUUUUUAUGUUCUACCCGUUCUUCCAUUGUAAACUGCAUCAGUGUACCUGUUGCCUCCAAAUAUGACCUGUGUACCAUGCCUUCAUUAGCAUAUCUGUGCUUCACUGCCUCAGCGCUGCCUUGCCUUUUGGGCAGCCUACCUUCCACUCCAUCCCGACUGAGCGAGAUGUGAUUGCUACUAUAGGCUUAUACAAUAUUGUACAUAAGAGUUCACUCUGUGAGUGCACAUUUGAUAAAGUUUAUUUAUUUAAUAUGUAAGUGUUUAAUAAUAGACCGGCAAUAUAUUUAAAACCAUGGCAAGACCUGACAUCUCGUGCUUUGGGGGGGGGGGGGGGGGGGUGGGGUGUGUGACACACUGGUUUGCCAGGUCUUGCCUGCGCUCUUGUCAGGGAGGGAAUAUUUUUCAACAAAAAAAAAAAGAAAAGAAAAAAGGGAUGAUUCUGUUUUGGGACUCUUUUUGUGAAAAUAAUCCAGACAUCCUUGCAUGAUGACAUGACGAGGGAGUUCCAGGGUUGGCUGCACUUGAUUUCACUGGGGUUUACAUUUGAAAUGUGCAUGUGUAUUUUUACACAAUCUUCAAUAAAGUUGUGUAAAGCUUC